CAAACCCAAACAUUCCGCUUGGGUGGGAAUAUUUAUCCGCCGUGGGCACCCUAAAAACGAACCAAAACCAUGCGCAGAUUCAGACCUGUAUCCGCCAUGGGCAGCCUUUUACUCCCCUGUCACACUGCCUUCACACUCACCCACUUCCCAGCCUUCUCUUAUCCGCGACUUCAUCUUUCUCACAUCAUUUCUUUUUCCCGCGCGAAGUCUACAAUACAGCCUCUGCGCCCACUAUCAACAUCUUCGUCCUCUGCAACUUCUGUCAUCUCGUCGCCUCCUUUCUUGAGAUCGGAGCACCCCGUCGACCCUAAGUACCUCUCAUGCUCACUACCGGAUAAGAAUCCUCUCAAGCUGGCAGUUCUGGUUAGCGGUGGGGUUGAUAGCAGCGUCGCUCUCCGCCUCCUCCACGCCGCAGGACACUCCUGCACAGCAUUCUAUCUAAAAAUAUGGUUCCAGGAAGGCUUUGAGAACUUCUGGUCUGAGUGUCCAUGGGAGGAGGAUCUAAAAUAUGUAAAAGCUGUCUGUGAUCAGGUUGACGUCCCUCUGCAGGUUGUGCAUUUGACUGAUGAGUAUUGGAAUAAUGUGGUAUCAUACAUUAUCGACGAAUAUAGAUGUGGACGGACUCCAAAUCCAGAUGUCCUUUGCAAUACAAGAAUAAAAUUUGGUGCAUUUAUGGACACAAUAAGUGGAAUGGAAUUUGACUUUGUUGCUUCUGGACAUUAUGCAAAGAUUGUUCAUGCGUCUUCUGAUCAACCACUCCAGCCUUCUGUUCUGGAAUUGUCAAAAGAUGUGGUAAAGGACCAAACAUACUUCCUAUCACAUCUCUCACAGUCUCAACUUAAGCGACUUAUUUUCCCUCUUGGAUGUAUUCCAAAGGUUAGGAAGAGGUACGCAAACUUGCUAAGUUAUUUGAUCUACCAAACCAGGACCGUAAAGAUUCACAAGGAAUAUGCUUUCUUGGCAAGAUAAAGUUUUGUGAUUUUGUUGCACGACACAUCGGGGAGGUAGAAGGGAUUAUAUUAGAAGCCGAAACAGGGGAUUAUCUCGGAAAGCACAGAGGGUUUUGGUUCUACACUAUUGGUCAAAGACAAGGUCUACGGCUUCCUGGGGGACCAUGGUACGUUGUGGAGAAAGAUAGUAAGAAUAAUGUGGUGUUUGUGUCAAGAAACUACUUCUCGGCUGAUAAGAAAAGACGCCUAUUUCGUGUUGGAUCACUGAAAUGGCUAAGUGGGAGCUAUCCUGCACAUGCAAAUCAACUUCAAUGCAAGGUUCGCCAUGGCCCCACUCUCUACAACUGUAGUUUGGCAAUGGAAGUUGACAACAAUGGUAAAACAGUUGGUGUCGUCCAGCUGUCUCAAGAUGAUCAAGGGCUGGCAGCAGGACAGUUUGCUGCUUUCUAUGAUGGGAUGACCUGUCUUGGCUCUGGCGUCAUCAUGGAUUCAUGGGAUGAUCAAGGGUAUCCAGUAUGCGGAAGGGCUCUUGAAAUAGCAAGAAUGGAAGAUAAGUCAAUGCUUGGCAGACCAGUGAGAAUAACAGUUAAAUCGGGUAAUGAUCGUUUAAUGGAAUCUGAUCCCAAAGAUCAUAGAGAGAAUCUAAAUCCUAUUGUUGGUUCUGAAACCAUUGAGCGGAAUAUGUCUUACCAAGGAGAGGAUCACAGAGUAUUGAAUUGGCUAGAGUGGCUAAAGAAGAAGUGGUUACAAGUUUUCUAGUAUGUUUAUAGGUUGUAUUACUGUAUACUAGUGUAGUGUAGUACCAUUGUACCAAGUUAUUUAAAAUUAAUGUAACUUACCAAGGAGAGGAUCACAGAGUAUUGAAUUGGCUAGAGUCUAGAGAUAUUAUUUAAUUUUUUGAGUUUAUGUUCCAAGUUAUUUAAAAUUAAUGUAACUUUCAUAAAUAAAAUGUAAAUUAAUUUCAAUAAUUUAUAUCAUAAAACAU